UUCGCGUCACGUCGCCUUCACGUCUCUCGGGAUCUCACAUAUGCAAACAAAGAUGGCGGCUCCCUGAUCGUCCAUGUGGCUCCGCGGACAGAACAAACUCUUCGUAACGUUAAAACAACGUUUUUCUAACGUGUGAACAAACUCUGGACUGCAGCUGAAGCUCCGAGAGGAACUCCGAGAGGAACUCUGAGAGGAACUCAAGAUGCAACACGACGACGUGAUCUGGGACAUUAUCGGGAACCAGCAGUUCUGCUCCUUCAAAGUAAAGACGAAGAGUCAGGGCUUCUGUCGAAAUGAGUACAACAUCACCGGACUGUGCAACCGCUCGUCGUGUCCGCUGGCCAACAGUCAGUACGCCACCAUCCGAGAGGAGAAAGGUCAGUGUUUCCUCUACAUGAAGGUGAUCGAGAGAGCAGCUUUUCCCGCCAAGAUGUGGGAGAAGGUGAAGCUCAGUAAGAACUAUGAGAAAGCUCUGGAACAGAUCGAUGAGAAUCUCAUCUACUGGCCUCGAUUCAUCCGACACAAAUGUAAACAACGCUUCACCAAAAUCACCCAGUACCUGAUCCGCAUGCGCAAACUGGUGCUGAAGAGACAGAGGAAGUUGGUUCCUCUCAGCAGGAAGGUGGAGAGGAGAGAGAAGAGGAAAGAGGAGAAAGCUCUGAUCGCAGCUCAGCUGGAUAACGCCAUCGAGAAGGAGCUGCUGGAGAGACUCAAACAGGGAACGUAUGGAGACAUCUACAACUUCCCAGUUCACGCCUUCGACAGAGCUCUGGAGCAACAGGACGAAGAGAGCGAGGAAGAGGAGGAGGAGGAAGAGGAAGAUGACGAGGACGUCGGGAAAAGAGAGUUCGUAGAAGAAGAGGUGGAGGAGAGCGACCUGAGCGACUUUGAGGACAUGAACAAACUGAGGACGAGCAGUGAUGAGGAGCAGGACGAUGAAGAGGAGGAGUCCAGUGAAGAAGAGGAGGAGGAGGAGAUGGAGAUGGAGACGAAGGCAAAGGCCUUGAGGUCAAAAGGCAAAUCUCCGGCUAACGGCUCGGUGGCGAGGAAGAAGCGAGCGUACGUGGAGAUCGAGUACGAGCAGGAGACGGAGCCCGCCACCAAGAGCAGAGCCACGUCGUGAGGUCACAGCCUCUGCAGCCAAUCAGAACUGUGAGCCGGCUGUGAGGUCAGCUGACUUUUUUUUUUUUUUUUUAUCAUCGCCUUUCUCACACAGGAAGUGAUCUGACCUCAGGUGGUUUCCUGUCACCUGCGGCGUGGACGUUGGUUCAGGUCUCGAGUCCUUUAAAUGUUGAUUUAAACCUCGUCGACAGACACUCCUGAAACUGUUUCACUUCAUUUCACCUGAUGGUGGCGCUCUGAGCUGUCCAACCGGGUCCACAGAACGGGUCGGAGGUUCUGAAACAUGCUUAAAAUUAAGUUUGAGCUUGAUGUUCCUGAUAAACUGAGUCACGACUCAGAAUGACCACGAUGUGUUUAAAUAAACUUCAGUUCUCUGUUUGUUCCUGUUAAACUAAUAAAAUAAUGAAAUAAACAAACUCUGUUUCAGCA